UAUGCAUUAUACACAAUGAAUUAUAUAUGAAAUAUUAAUUAUAAUCUAACAAUCUUGUUUGCUUUUUAUGAGAGUAGUAUCAAUAAAAAGAAACGGAUUCACAUUCAUAUGCCUUUUCCUUUUCCCAUUUCAAAUAGCGUGAAUCAUUCUGUGUAAGUUAAUAUAAGAAUUACAUAAUAAAUAUCUAAUAAAACCUAGAAAAAAGAUCUGGACAAUUUUCAAUAAAAGAGAUGCGCUCUCAUAAGAUGCUGACUUACUUGAAUCCCCUCGUCGGCGAACGACGGACUGCACCGGCUACUUCAUAUGCAAAGAUUCGCCGAUGGAAUGGGUCUUUGAUCGAUUGGGGUGAAGAGACCUCACCCUUCCAAUCUCUAAAAAUUCUGAUGCAACACUCUUAACGAAGAUAUCUUAUCGUUUUCUGCGACCGCGCCUUCUUCGGAAAUAUCGCGCGAAUUUUCGUCAGCGCAUUUUGCGUAUCUCAUUCUAAUUUUAUAUUUAAAUAGCUUUAUUUUAAAAUUUGAUAUAUUGAAUAGCUGAGUCUCUUAAGUAUUAGCGCUAUUAUUUUACUUCUAUUUUCGUAAUUCUAAUACUGGCGCAAAGUAUAUCUAGUUAAUCAAUCGAGUAUCAAAGAUGCUGAACGUGCAAACGUAGGUAUCUCACUAAUUUUAAUAUUUAUACGAUUAAUCCUCGAUAUAUAUCUUAUUAAUUUUUCUCACAAUUAGCUAACGAUUUUACGAAAAUUUCUCCAAUACACUUUGCCCCAACAAUAUUAAUACAAUGUAAAGAAAAAAGAAAACGCGAUAUAUAUUCUCUAGGUGAUGUAAUUAUUUAAGUCCAUGGUAUAAAUUAUACGUCGACAAACAAUAUCCUUUAAUGUUUCUGCGAGAGCUGCGUUAGCAACGGACGACGAUACGCAUUAUCUGCAAGCGAGCGUGACGGUAGUCUUAAAUAUCACCCAGAGAUUUGCAUGUCGAAAAAAACAAGCGGUAAUAUUGAUACAAAUACAAUAAUAUGCAAUAUUCGCGCAGGAAUACAUCAUCCAGAAAAUAUUCAGAAAACACAAUAAACUAUCUAGACGCCUGGUAGAUUACGCGCGACCCCUUAAUCAAAGGCCAGAUUUUCAGCUGGCAAUUCAAUGGUAUAAAGAGGUGUCGUGGACGCGGAUUGGUAUGCAGAAGCUUUCCGCACGCUUUUCAGUGUGAGCAAUAUUUUCUCUCUUUUCUCUCUCGUGAUUCUUGCAGUCAGCGCAAAUCUUCAACAUGAAUCCUUUGUUGAACAAGACCGCUCUAAUCACCGGCGCCAGCGAUGGAAUUGGUAAGGCGAUCUUAGAAGAGUUGAUGUCGAAAGGGCUCAAAGUCAUCGGACUCGCCCGCGAUAUGAAUCAGCUGAAGCUGCUCGCGGAAGAACUGAAAGGCAAACCCGGCAAGUUCUAUCCCCUUCAAUGCGACAUGAGUCUUCAGAACGAAAUUGAGGGCGCAUUGGAAUGGAUAGAGAAGAAUUUGGGAGCUGUGGAUAUUCUGAUAAACAACGCAGCUAUCAGUCUCGAUUGGUCCACCAUCACCGGCGGAAUAGAGGACCUUAAGAAAACUCUCGAUAUUAACGUGAUCGGUUUAAUGUCUAUCACCAAGGGAAUUUUGCAGUUAAUGAAGAACAAGGGACUCGAUAAUGGUGCCAUCGUUAAUAUCAACGACAUAUGCAGUCUCAAAAGCUUGCCUCUUGCUACCGAUCGUCCCAUUUCCCCGGCAUAUGCUUCCAGUAAGACCGCGUUGACCACGCUGACCGAAUCUCUUCGUUUGGAAUUAGCGCAAAACGAGUCCAACAUCAAAAUAAUCAAUAUUUCCCUGGGUUUGGUAGAAACCGAUCUCACGCAACAGUGGCUGAAGGAGAAUCCACGAUUAGCUCUGAAACCAAAGAACGUGGCGGAUGCUAUCCUCUUCUCGUUGCAAACUCCGGAGAACGUACUUAUUAAGGAUCUCAUUAUUACGCCUAUUCGGGAGAUUAUUUGAGCUAAUAUUGGACGAAAUCGUU